ACUUCCCAGUAGUGUUGCUGCUUUGCUGCCUCCUGUGGUCAGUUUGCAUCAAUUACAGUCGGAUUUCAGUCGUGAAUAAUCAACAGCUACCCUAUAAUUUACCAGAAUCACAUUUCUAAUUGAUUGACAGCUCUAAUAUUAACACCUAAGGAGUCUCUGAGAACUAAAACCACUGAUUUUCUCUCUGGACUUUGGUGUGGGUUUAAAGGACAGACAGCCGCAGCCUCUCACUGUGGCCUGAAGACGUUAGUUUAGUUUAAUUUGUUAAUGAAUCAGCGUGGGUUUAAAGGGAGAACGGUGGACGGAGCGACUCGUGCGUUUCUUCCUCUAAUGUAAGCAGGAUCCAGCUGUGAGCACUUGUGCUGCUGUGAUGAUCCUGAGGCAGCCCAUAAACAGGAAAACACUGCGUUCAUGGACACAAACAACAGAGUCUGCAGCGUUGGCCUUGUAGGGUAGAAAGAAGUGGGGCCCACAGUGCCCCAGCCCCAGAUCUUUAUUAUUAUUAUUAUUAUAUAUUAUUAUUAUUAUUCUGGUCUGUUUUAUUGUUGUAAAGCAGGGAACCCACAGUGACGGGUCGGGGUCUUACUUAAAUCAGAUGUGUGGACUCAGGCGACCACCCAGGGGGCGCUCAGUUACCAAAUAAAUAUUUAAAAUUUUUGGUAAAGAUGUAAAAAAAAAGAAACACGGAGAAUGUGUUGAUUUGUCUAAACUCUGUGAUGAAGAGUUUCUACUGUGGUCUCUGCUGGUACCACACCACAGAUGGUCAUUAAUUCUCUAGUGGUAAAAAAGUUAAAGAAUGACCUGGAACACAGUGGAGUGAAGGACCAUGACCGGACUGUGGUCCCAGCACAGACCGGACUGGAACCAGAACCACUGUGGUCUGUUCUUCAGUAACCAGUUGGACUGGUAAUGGUCACAAAUUAGUUGUUUAAAAAAACCCUCAGGUGCUGGAGCGCCCCCUAGAGGUCUUCUGUCCUGUCCCUGUCCAAACAAACAGGACAGAAAAGACAAACAAACAAACAACGUCAGUUUUUCUCAUGUUUUCUUCGUCCUUCUUCCUCACUCCCGUGCUCGUGCUCGUGCGCGUCCCCGAGCCGGGUGAUUUUUCAAACAGCACAUCAUCAGUGGGUUUAUGGAUCUGCUGCCGCAACAUUUCUUCUCUAAAUAAACACAGCUUGAUUCGGCCUGGGUGGGCAGACUUAUCAACAGACUAAUUCUGUAAACACACGCGGGGAAUAAGACGCCACCUGAUUGGCUGCUGCUGCUGCAGCUGCUGACGAGCACACGCACGUGCACACAGACACACAGAGUGUAGUGUAAAGUUGGAUUGUUGUGGGUGGCCCUGCAGGAAGUGUGUGUGACGGACAUUUAGAGCCAACUCUGCAGAACUCUGAGCUCAGACUCACGGCGGCGGCACAGCUGCAGCCUCCCUGCUCCACCGCGCUCCAUCACCGGCCUUCAUGACUCUCUACACCCGCCUCCCGCCCAUCGGAGCCUCGGCUCAGACCCCGGGCCUCGGCUUCUCCGCGCACCCGCUUUUCUACUUGUACGCGCGCAGCACCGACGGCUCAGCGGGAGUCGUGCCCGCGCUGCAUGCGGGUCUCGUUCCGGGGCCGCAGGGCCUCCGGGAGCCCCCCCAGAAGCCGCCCUACAGCUACAUCGCCCUGAUUGCCAUGGCCAUUAGGAGCGCGCCUCAGCAGCGCGCCACCCUGAGUGGCAUCUACCAGUUCAUCAUGGACCGGUUCCCCUUCUACCAGGACAACAAGCAGGGCUGGCAGAAGUCCAUCCGCCACACCCUGAAGUGUGUGUGA